UCAGGGGAGCAGCAGUGUCAUUCACACGAUUGCUCCACUUGAGAGCCGAGCUGAAGCUAUACAUGGCAUAGCUGGCGGCCGCGCGUGAGGACUGCGAACAUUGUCGCAGAUGUCCGCCGCCGAGGCGGUCGUAGAGGACUGGUGCGUCGCAGCCCCGCGUGCAAACUCAGACUCGCAGGCGCAGGCUCAGAAGCAGGUGGUACCAGCACUGCCGGCGACGCUGGUCAGUCCGCCCGGCGCGCCGGCUGACUGCAUAAGCUGUUUCACAAGCGACGCCGCCUUCUCCCGCCUCAGCUUAUCCUCCGGCCUUGCCAGCUGCAGCAGCAUCAGCGGCGGCGUUCAUGCCAUACAUUCCCUGCUGCUGGGCAGCGUCGCCGCCACCGCGCCCAGCUUUGGCGGCCUGGCGGCUGUUGCAGAGGCCGCGCCGGCCCACGGCGCCGCAGCUGACUGCCAGGCUGACGUCAUCGCACCGCCCGCAUCGGCGGCGCAUGGCGGCCGUGGCAGGGGCGGCCGCCGAGCCUUUGGCAGCGACGGGCACCUGAUGCCGCCCACGCGCCGCGCCGCCUCAGCCACCAGCUCACACCCCGCCUACACGCAGCAGCACCCCCUGCGGGCCGCGGCAGGGGCCGCUGCUGGCGCCGCCGGCCUGCCGCUAGAGGCCCGCGCCGCCGCGGCCUCCUUCACCGUCGGCAGCAUGGCUGCGGCGAGCGUGCGCGCGCCUGCAGCGGAUGCCGGUCUUGCGGUGGUGGCGUCCGAGGGCUGCAUUUCACCAGCCGCCGCCGCCUCCGGCGCGCGCUCGCACUCCUUCACGCGGCCCGGCAACCGCCGCGCCCGGCAGUCUAUGAUUCAGGGCCAGGGCUCCCGUGCAUCCGCUCACGACGACGUCAGCAGCCCUGACAGCGCACGCUUCCAUGGCGGCUCGCCGAGUGAGGCCCACAGCAACGGCGAUGGCGCGGCCGACGCGGCGCCGCUACCGGCCGCCGACAUGGCGGGUGAAGGCGAUCUGCUGCGCGCCUCAGCAGCGGUGGCGAUGGCGCUGCUGCCACCGGCAACACUCCCCGUCCGCAUCAUUACCCCGCGCAGCACGAAGGAUCUGGCUGCGACGGGCGGCGGCGGCGGGGCUGCCAGUGUCUCCACCACUGCCGCUGCCACGCCCAGCGCAGACCCCAUCUCUUCAGCUGCUGCAGGGGUACCUGUGGAAGAUUGCGCAAUCGUGGCGGCCUGUGAUGUGGGAGUCCCGGAAGGACUUACACGCGUGCCCAGCAGGAGCCAUCGUGGCGGCGGCAGAGGCGGAGGCGCCGGCGAGCAGCCGCACGGCCUGCAACACGGGCAUCCCCACGAAGGGACCUCCGCUGACUCUGCCGCAGCGCCUGGCGGCUCUGCCGCAGGUGCGGGUAGCAGCGAGCCCGCGCCGCCCGUCGCGGACGUCACCUCUGAUGAGUUGACGGCAGUGGCGGCUGCCGCCGCCGCUGCCGCCGCGGCGGCUGCCGUCGCCAAGGCUUCCACCAUCACAGUCGUGCGCAGCCGGUCGAUCAACACCGGGCCUACGCUACACCCGGGCGCGAGCCGCGCAGCAGCUGCUGCCGCCUGCGAUUCGGCUGGUCACAACACCGGCUCCUUCACUCGCGCCGCACCGUCGUCAGCACUGGGGACGCCGCCAGCGGACCAGAUGGGCAGUGCAGGCGGCAGCGGCAGCGCCGCCAUAGGCAGUAGCUCCAGCCGGCGGCGGCUGCUCCGCGAAGCUGGCGCGAUGCAGGUGGCGGUGGAGGAGCGCGCGGACCCCGGCAGCGCCGGCGCGUCGCGGCCGCCCGCCCUGCACAGCAGCGGAAGCAGGAGCGGCGCAGCCGCUGCUGCCUUCGGCUCGGGCUCUACCGGCCCGGUUUCCGCGCAGCAGCAGCAGCAGCAGCAGCAGCAACAAACGCACCCGCAACAGCGCGGCUCGCUACGGCGCCAGGCGGUGGUGCCGGCUGAGGAGGACGGCACGGGCGAUACAAUGCACGAUGCAGAGCUGGACUCUGAUGAGGAAGAACUGAUGGCGGCUAUUCGGUUUCAGCAAUCUCCGCGAGGGCCUCAGCAGGGCUGGGCCGCCGACGCCCGUGCCGGCGCCGGCGCCGGCACCGGCACCGGCGGUGUGCCGCCACCGCCUGCCCGCGAAUCUCCCAGGCCCGGCGGCGCCACCGCCGCCGGCUCGCCGCUUCCGGCGCCGCCGCCGCCACCUCCGCCGCCGCCAGGCAGCCGUACACCGCCGCCGCAGCGCUCGCCGCUGCCAGCUGAGCCCAACGGCGGGCUGAGGCGGACCCACUGCGGUGUGGUGGGUGCCGGCGGCGGCGCCAGCGCCGCGCCCGACGCAGCUGAUCUGGACGCAGCCCGCGUGGCGGCGGCUGUGAGCAGCCGCGCCCGCAACUCGUAUGGCGGCGUGCUUAGUUCUGUGGAGUGGGCGGCCGGCGGCGGAGGCGCCGCAGAGGCAGAUCAACGUGGCAGGAGCCGCGUCGGGGGCGGGCGUGGACUCGGAGGCGGAGCUGGGGGAGGUCGCUCGCCAACACUGAGCACCGGCGGGAUGCGAAGCUUGACGGGCGGCUUGGCGGCGGCUGAGGGCGGCGGCGGCAGUGGCCUGCAAGACGACAUGCCGACGCGGACGUGGCUGGAUCUGCAGCCGCCGCCACCGCCGCCGCCGCCGCCACCCCGCCGUCCGGGGGCGGGCUUUGCGGAGGGCGGCGGCGAUGCGCCUGCCAGCCUCCACGGCGACCACCACUCGCGCAACUCACCGUUGCCGUCCCCACCUCCACCGCCUGCCCGACAGCAGCCACCAAAUGUGUCUGGCCCUCCGCCGCCUCCACCGCCACCGCCACCGCAACGCCAGCACCAGUCGCCGCAGCCGCGUUCACAAGUGCCGUCGCCGCCGCCACCUCCCCCUCCUCGGGUUUCAUCACCUCAGCCGCCGCCGCCGCCGCCACCACCGCGGCCGCUAUCGCAGGGCUCGUCCCCCAUGCAUCGGCAGCCGCCCCCACCGCCGCCACCUCCGCCACCGCCGCGCCUCGCUUCUCCGCAAUCGAACUUUACACAGCCGGUCAUCGGGCAGCCGCCUUCAGCUAACAGUUCCGUGUCACAGCCUCCUCCUCCCCCACCGCCCCCGCCUCCACCGCCUUCAGCGGAGCACCUGCCAUCGCGGCAGCAAUCUGCCAUAGCAGGCGCCGCAGCGGCUGGGGGCUCCCGCGGCGCCGCUAGCGGCGGCAUCCAGUCGCACAAUGCGGACUUCCGCCAAGCACGCCACGGCAGCGGCGCCGCCGGAAUAUCCAACCACGACGGCAUUACAUUCAGUGGCGGUUUUGCUGAGGAUGGCGGCAUUGGCGGCGGCCGGCUAGGCCUGGAAACUUUAGGAAUGGCGGCGGUACCGGCGGCCACAAGCGAUGCCGACGCUGUAGAAACCGGCGCUGUAGACGGCGACCUGCCGCCCCGCGGCGGCAGCCAGAUGGACGUCAAGUGGGAGCAGUCAGUGGCGGAUGCCGCGGUGGCGGCGGCGCAGGGCGCCAGCCGCAGCAUCUGGGCGGACGCCGCCACCGCGGCGGUCGCGGAGGCGCAGGCGGCGGGCGGUGGUGCCGGAGGCGUGGCGUCGCUGCAGUCGCAGCCGUCGGGCCCGGAGCACUUGGACUUGGGGGCACCUAUCAGGCUGCAGCCCUCGCAGCACUCGGCCGCCAGCACCAGCGCCGACUUGGACACCACGCCCUGGCCCAUGCUUCUCGGCUCCGUCGCUGCCGCUGCCAACAGCCCUUCAGCAGCCGGGUCUGCAGCUGCUGCUGGCGGCAGAGACGCCAGGCAGAGCACCGGACACGGCGAUGAGGAGGCGGCGCUGGCGGCGGUCUCGGCGGCGGCGCGCGCGCGCCUGAUCGCCGCGGUGGGCUGCCUGGGCCCAGACUCGUUGAACAGUAGUGACGAGGGCGUGCGCAGUGGCGGUGCCGGCCCCGCGCACGUGUCCCUGUCUGGCGGCAUCGCCAGCGGCGGCAUCGCGGGCUCGCCAUUGGCGCCUGGCGGCGCGGCGAUGGCGGCGGCGUCUGGACGUAGAACGCAGCAGCCGCUGCCGCCGGAAUGGGCGGGCGGCGCGGAUGCCGCAGCCAGCGCGGCUGCGUCGGAGGCUGCUGCGGCGGCGGCGGUUGAUGCGCACCUCGCUGCUUUGGGUUUGGGUCAGUUGGACGCGCAUACGGCGCUGGCGGCCGCUGCCGCUUCGGCGGCGGCCGCGGGCGGGUAUAGCAACGAACAUCGCGCAGCUAUGGCGCAGGAGCAGGUGCAACGGCAACAUCAGCAGCUGCAGCAGCACCACCACCAGCAACAACUGCAACAGCAACAGCACCAAGCUGCGCCGCAGCGCCGCUCACCGCCGCCGCCACCGCCCAUCCAGCUUCCCGCAACGCUCGGGGGCUGGGCCCUGGACGCAACCGCCUCAACGGGGCUGAUCAGCUCGCCGCCCUCGACCUCGCACUCGCAGCACCUGCACAACCUGCACUCGGACUCAUCCACCAGCGCCGGCGGUGGCACCACCCCCGGCGGCGCCGGGCCUUCCCACCUCCCGAUGCCGUCGCCACCGCUCAGCCCGCAGCUGCUUCAGCCGCACAUACUGGCGGAGUACGACCUGGGGCCGCGCGACGGCUCCGUCACUUCCGCCGUCAGCGGCUCUGGCAGCUCGUUCCUGUCCCAGCGCCACUCGCAGACGCCGCUGCACACCGGCGGCGGUGGCGGCCCAGGCGUCUCCGCUGCUGGCGGAAGCGCUGGCGCUGUUGCCGCCGGCGGGCGCAGCGGCGAGUUCACGCUGGAUGCCAUUAGCGCUGUGGACUGGUCGCUGGGAGCGUUUGGCGGCAGCGGUGGUGGCGGUGGCGGUGGAACCGGCGGCGGCGCCGGUGCCGCUGGCGGCGUGCCGACGUCGCUCCGCUCACCGCCGGCGCCCACCUCCCCCGGCUCGCACCCGCACUUGGUACAUCUAGGCCCGGGCUGCAGCAGCGCCAGCAGCGCAAGCGGCAUUAGCGCAAUGAGCGGAGCCAGCGGCGCGGGCAGCAAUGCCGGCAGUACCGUCGCGUCGUCGCGUCUGGCGGCCCUGCACUUCGCCGCACUGCGCGUCCCGUCUAGCAGCGGCGGCAGCCACAGCGCCGCCUUCUCGCCGCUUGGCGCCGCCUCCUCGCUCAGCUCCGCCUCCUUGCACCAGGCCGUCUACUCGCCGGUCGUCGGAGGCCCCAGCCGCAGCGGUGGCAGCGCCUCCUCAGCCGGCGUCGCCGCCGGCUUUUCGCCGCUCGUCUCUGCGCGCUCGCCGCUCGGCUUUUCGCCACUGGGUGCGGGCGCCGCAGGCGCCGGCAGCAGCGCCGCAGGCGCGCUGGCGCAAGCCGGCAGCACUAGCUCCGCGGCGGCAGCUGCCGCCGCCGCUGCUCAUGCGGCGCGCUACCGCGGCGCCGCCGCCGCGGCUGGGGCGGCGGAGUCGGAGCUGGUAAUGCGGACGUCGUCGUUCCCGACGCUGCAGCAGCAUUUGCAGCAGCAUGGUGUGGGCGAUGGCGGAAUGGCGGAUGGGCUCGGGCCCGACCUGCAGCGCGCCGGCAUGGCGGCCGGCGGCUCCGGCCAUUCCUACACCUCUUACUCGCACCAGUACCAGCACCGACAACAACAGCAGCAGCACCAGCAGUCACGGUUCGGCGCCGCCGCUGCGGCAGCGGCGGCUGGCGGCGGCGGAGCGUACGGCAAUGUUGCCGCGGAGUACGGCGGCGGCGGCGAGUACGGGGCCGCGGCGGACCCAUUUGCGUCGCUGGCCUGCCGCAGCAGCAUCUCCAUGCCGCACUUCCAUUUCACGCCGGGAGCCGGUGCCGGCGGCCACGGCGGCGACGAAUACGAGCACGUGGCGGCGGAUGAGGUGGUGGCGGCGCUGGCGGCGGCGCGACAGCUGAUGCCGCAAGGCAUGGGCAGUCUGGGCGGAGCACUGCGCGCCGCCAGCUACACCCCAGGCAGCGGCAGCGCAGACGCGGCUGUAGCCGCCGCUGUUGCCGCGGCUGCUGCUACUGCCGCCGGCAUGGGCCACCCACACCCGCACCAGCACUUGCAACGGCAGCAGCACCUAGAGUCGCCGGACUACGGCCCCGCGUCUGGGCAGCUUCGGUACUCAUCUUCCUACAUGCUUCAACAGCAGCAACAGCAGCAGCAGCACCCGCAACUUCAGCACUUGCAGCAUCCGCAGCUGCCUGGCCAAGGCCGCUAAUGGGUGCGCAGGAACUGCAACCUGCAGUGGCCGCGGUAGCGGGAGAUAGCUGCUGAAGCAGGCACCGCGCAAUGGCUUUGCGGGCUGGAGUUAGCGCCUGCAUGCCUGCUUGGAAGGGAACACCAAUAGGCGGAGGAGACGGCAUGCCCGGAUAUUGACAAACACUUGCUCAUGAUUGUGGUAUCGGAUGGCUUUGUUUAUUUGCUUAACUCCAAACAGUCUUCGUGGUAAACUGUGACACAUCAUAAUCAUCGUUAGCAACAUAGCUGGCUGUGCGGACUGUCUGCACCUCCUUCACGAUCCAGCCCGCUCUGCACAACUGCAGGCGGGCUGAGCCUUGCCAUCGCUAAUUCACGUCUUCGCUCGCGCGUCCACCAGCAAGCCUGCAUCCACUACCAUAGAACAUGUUAGCCUGUUGUUUUUCUUGUUUGCUUUCGCGUUCGUCCAUGUGCGCCCGGCAGGGAUAAUCGGAUUAGAGCAUUGGUUUGAUGGCUCCACCGCACGUGGUGGCGUCUAGUGUGCUUAUUCAUGUGGCGCUCCCCAUCCGACCGUGUCAUGUCCGCAUACGCAUACAUACUUGGCAGAGAGACACGGUUGAGCCAAGCUGCCCAUGACCCUUCAGCAUGGAAGCAUAGUUUGUUGGCAUUGCGUGCAUGCUGCCAGUUUGCUGCGCAUUAUUAUGGUAAUUGUUGCGUGCGCUGACUUGUCUCGUUCAAGUGUUGUAGCCGUGUGGCAUUUGGCCCGCGUCAAUCAGCAGUAGCCGAGCCCAUCAGGCUUUGCCAGCAGGCGGCGGCUGCUUUUAGCUGUCAAGAUGUUGUGCGGUGCGGGAAGUUGAUCCACAUCGCGGGGGUGGUCGGGCGGGCUGACGGGAAGUAUGUUUGAAUCCUCCAAGCUGGAUGUCAAAGCCUUGCCCGGAUGGCUAGAAAGGAAGGGUGCAGGUAUGCUGUGUAGCUAUGCCCGUGGAUGCUGCUGCCGUUUGGCUAGGGCAUGUCGCUUGGACUAGCCACAGUCGUGCAUUGCAGCGGGAUUCUCUAGUGCUCUUUCAUACUGCCGUUGCAGAUUGUGUGGAUGCUAUGCGCAAGCAUGGAGGGGGGCAUGAGGCGGGCAGGCAAAAGCAUGUGCACGUACGCGUUCAAGCAACGGCAGGGGUGCGCGGGUUGCAUGCAGGAGUAAUGGGUUUAUCACUGUGGUGGGGAUGGGGUACUGCAAACAUUUCGUUUGAUGAUAGAUGUGGUAGAGGUACAUGCUUGCUGUGUGUGUUCACGGGGGUUGGUAACAAAUGCAACGAAAGCAGCGGCAGGCGCCUGCGCACCGCUUGUUGAAGCAUGAACUACCGCUCGGAGGUACGGGCGUGUCUGAAACUUUUCGAGGGAAACGUCCGAGGGCCUGAGCCUUCCUUUUCAAUGGACAUGGCUGGUAAGCACGCGGGUUUCAAGGUCAUGAUUGAGAGUGGGCAAUGGAUGAUGUGCGCAGCCCGUCGAAGGGAUACGGGUCUUCGGUCUUGGCACCUCCAGCUGCUCAACGGGGACUCGAUGGGCAUUUACUUACGCCACCACCCCCAGAGGUCCAUUGUGCGUCUGGAAGGGUCCGCUCCUCUACGCUUGCUUUCUUGGCUUGAAUGCGUGAUAUAUGUAUGUAACAUUACAAGAAGGGAUUUAUGUGGAUGGAUGGUCGCUCGACACCAACGAAGCUGUGGACGUGUGGGUCGUCUAGGCAGUCCCUAUUGUCCCAUGCGUCAGUGUGUUGAGUGUGGAGCCACAUACCGUGUGAUAGCUAGCCCUGGUGCUGUGCGGCGAGAUGGGGGCCAGGGGCUUUUGUGGCGCUGCCAUGUUACGACGGCAGGACGGUCAUGCGUGAGGUGGCUGCAUGCGCAGGUUGUUGUGGUUCACAACGACAUGGUGUGCACAGAGCUGCCGCCCGCCUGUACGCGCCACUACAAAGGGCUGACGGCAUAUUCGCCGCUCGCGUCAGAGAGUAAUGCCGUGCCGAUGUGCCUUCACUUGUAAUAAAGAAUGCGGCUUAACUAGAUGCAUGAUGAGGCUGAGGUUGGAUAGAAAGAGAGAGAGAUGCCAUGGUGGCAAGCGGGUCCGCCGGGAAUGAGGCCAGGGGUGCUGGGAACGAGGCACCCGGCGGCGCCUACGAUCUAUGAAGUGCUCGCAGAUGCGUAUCGUGCAGCUGCACAUCAUCUCAAUAAUGUCGGCGCCUCCGCUGUGCGGCUGUGCGCAACCGUGUGAGCUGACAUGCCUGAGCUAAGAUGAUGUCACGGCAAGGCGGGCGCACGCGUGUUGCAUAGUAAGACAUUGCACCGCAGGCACUGCGAAUGCAUCACACCUGUGCCUUCCUAAAGACACGCCGCCACUGGACACCUGGCGGGCGGUGCCUGUAUAAUAUUAAUACAUGCGCAACGCUUGAGGGGCCGUAGCUCAGGACGGCGGACGUGGGGGGGGGUUAGGGGAAGGUGCGCGCGGUGUGGGUGGGGAUGGGGGGUGGCGGGCAUGGGGGGCGGGGUUGGUGGGUGGGCGGCGCACGGUGACGUCGUGAUAUGGGAAGGCGCGGCGUGCGUGGCCGCGGAAAACCGGGUGGCAGCGUCUUGGAUAGACGCCGGUCCCGGUAGUAUGCAGGAGGGAACGCAUUAAGUCCUU